AUGGAAAUCUCUACAGAGUAUCUCACACCACAGUACAAAGUACAGUUUCGGUAUGGUAAACCGUCGGGCGUGAAGAUACAAGGCAAGGAGCACUUCGACAAAUCGCCCAACCACGCCAAUACUGUGUCGUCAGCAGAGCCCGAGGCUCGGGGCGGAGCGCCCGCCCCCGCACACGACCCGUACUUGUCUCCAAAUUGGACCCGGGGCUCUAAUGGGGCUCAGGGAUAG